AUGGUGGGAUCGAGUUCUUCCGGUGGAGAUUUACGAACUCCACAGUUUGAUGGUGCAAACUACGAUUUUUGGGCUGUCAAAAUGGAAACAAUCCUCAUAGCACAUGAUCUAUGGGAUGUGAUAGAACUCGGAAUACAGCCGCAGCAGACUCCCGAGGAGGAAGAAGGUUCUGUAGAUGAAGGAAGUGAGGCUGAGCACACUCCAGGAGCCAUAACUGAUGUGCUCUUCCCUCGCAUCAGAAAUGAGAAGACUGCUAAAGGAGCUUGGGAAAUACUGAGAAGAGAGUUCAAAGGAGACAAAAAGGUAAGAGCUGUUAAACUUCAAGCCAUUAGAGCUGAGUUUGAAUAUCUGAGAAUGCAUGAUGGUGAACCCUUAGAUGACUACUUGGCUAGGUUUUUUGAGAUAGUGAAUAAUCUGAAAUCACUAGGUGAGGAUGUGCCUGAGAAAAGGAUUGUGCAGAAGCUAUUAAUGAGCUUAAAUAGAAGAUACAAAUCCAUAGUGUCUAUAAUAGAGGAGACAAGAGAUCUGGAUGUUAUAAGGGUUGAGGAAGUCUUGGCCUCGGUUAAAGUCUAUGAUAAAAGGGAAGACCUGCAUGAUGAAAGGGACAAGGUUACUGGUACUGGAGAGGGCAUUUAG